AUGGUACCAUUAUACAAGACUAAUAAAAGUGAUCAGAAUGCUGCCGGGUUUGAGAAGGAAGGUCAUGCGCAACUGGUGUCACUGCGACUGAAACAGUGCCCCCGCCCCGCGAGCCGUUGGCGCCUGCGCAGCGUCAGGUCCUGGUGCGAGUGCGGCCCGUGCCCGGUGCGGCGAUGGCGGCGGUUCGGCUGUGGCCGCUGUGGCUGCGGGGCUUGGUGCUGCUGUGGGGCCGCGCCGGGAUGGGGCUGGGGCUGGCGCCCCCCCACCGCCACGGCUCCGCCAGCACCGGCGCGGGCAUGCUCAGAGUUUUCUCAGAGGUCCUGUGAAGAAUGCUUAAAAAAUGUUUCGUGCCUUUGGUGUUACACAAACAACACUUGUAUUGAUUACCCUGUAAGAAGCAUUCUUCCACCGUCUUCAUUAUGUUCCCUUUCAAAUGCUCGAUGGGGAGUUUGCUGGAUAAACUUUGAGGCUUUGAUUAUUGCCAUAGCUGUUGUAGCUGGACUCAUUCUGGUGUCUGUAGCAGUCUGUUGCUGUUACUGCUGUUACUGCAGAAGGCGUUCCAGGAGUAAGCCAGAUGAAGAGGAAGAAUGGCUAGCUAGAAAGAAAGAGGAACGAAGACUACAGUCUCUUCAGAGGAAACAUGAAAGAAAACUGAAGCAUGAUGAAAUACGUAAGAAGUAUGGUCUUCUCCAGGAUUCCGAUAAUCCAUACAGCAGAUUUGAGAAUGAAUAAAGCUGAGCACCUUCCUGUAUUCUGGAGUUCCAGCUCUAGUGGAAGAUAGUUUGUUUUCAUUUGCCCUUUGGGCUCUCUUGGUGUUUUGGUUUUUUUUCCCCAAAAGGUUUUUGAUUCUUUUGCCUGGUUGUAAAACUAGGUGUGGAUAAAGACUUCAUGAAAUGUAUGUUUCUAUCUUCAACCUAUAUAGAGCUAAUUUUUUUAUAAGUGCUUUUGAAAUGUUUGCUGAUAUUUUUUUAAAGCAACAUUAAAUGUGAAAAAUACUGUCUUUACUCCUCUUAAAACUGUAUUUCAUUACUUGAUGUAGAUGGUAGUAGUUACAAUCAUGUGUCUGAAUUCAGUCUUAACUGCCACUUAAAACAGUUGUUUACAUGUUCCUAAAUAAAGAUUUUUCCUUACUGUAUCUUUUGGUUUUUUAUAAAGGCAACAUGGAAGCACGACUUCCCACAGCAGAAAUAUCUGAGGUUGGUAUUGAUGAGAAAAUACAUCAGUCACAUUCUUACGUACUACCAUAAAGUGAGAACUAGGUGGAGCGGAUUUUUCCCCUCUGGGUAAAAGAAAGGUCUUCAAGAGUGUCAUGUCUGAGGAUUGAGAGAGGGUAGUGUAUUUAACUUUGAAAAUUAGAACUCGGUUGUGGAAAUAUAUGGGUAUGUACUUUGGAUAUAUCACUGAUGUGGAAAAGAAAUUACUUCAGUUAGCAAAACUGGAAGGAGUUCAUUCUUGAAAUAAGCAUAGACUGAUGUUUCUUAAGUUUAGGUACAUCUGACUGUGAACACUUCCUAUGUAAGCUUAAUGGAAAAAGAAAAAAAAAAAUGCCAAGUUCACCAAUGUUGACCCUAGCUGCUUGUACCCUGCCUCCCUACAGUGGGAUGAGGGAGAGAAUGGGAACAGCACAAGCAAGAAAACUCUUGAGUCAAGUUUAAAGACAGUUUAAUAAGUGAGGGAAAAGGAGGGUCGGGGGAACAAGUCAUGCAAAGGCAAUCAACCACCUCCCAGAAGUAGACUUCUACCCUCCCCUCAGUUUUUGUUGCUGAGUGUGAUGCUGUACAGCUUGGAAUAUCCCUUUGGUCAGUUCUGGCCAGCUGUCCCAACUGUGUCCCCUCUUGGCUUCUUGCCUGCCCUGGCCUGCUUGCUGGAGGGGGAAGAGUGGCAAAAAUGAAACCUUGAUGCUCCACAAGCAAUGGUCAGCAAAAGCCAAAGCACUGGUGUGUUAUCAGCACUGUUCUAGCUACAAAUCCAAAGUGCAGUACUAUUAUGGGCUGCUAUGGAGGAAGUUACCUCCAGACCAGUACCAUAAAGAAUGCAGUAUUUUUUAACCUUUUCUUCUUCUUUUGGUAUUUCCAUAACAAGAUUUAUUUCUUGUCUUUUCACUGAGUGUUCUUAAUAGCUUACCAAUAUGAUGCAACAAGCAAAGAGUUAUUCUUCCACCCCCAGUGUAAUAAAAGUUCCCAUUUAUUCUGUAUACUUUAAGUAACCUCCCUUGCUGUAUGUUGUGCAUUAAACACAUGUACAGUAUUGAAGAUGUUCAUGUUUUUAUCAGUGUUUCUAAAAUAAACAUUUAAUUUUGUUCUGUG